UGGUGAAAACAUUUGUAAUGGCUGAAAGCAUAGACAAUAUAACUUGACUAAAAAUAAAAACAUAAUAAAUUGUUUUUCAAAAAUAAAUAUUUGUUUAAUAAAUAGUAAAAUAAUUCAUAAUUUAUCACACUUUCAUUGUUAUUUAUAUCAAAAAUGAGUUUCCUUUUUGGAGGACGUUCCUCCAAAACAUUUAAACCAAAGAAAAAUAUACCUGAGGGAACACAUCAAUAUGAAUUGAUGAAACAUGCUGCUGCAACUUUAGGAUCGGGUAAUUUACGACUAGCAGUCAUGUUGCCUGAAGGAGAAGAUCUCAACGAAUGGGUCGCUGUUAAUACUGUUGAUUUUUUUAAUCAAAUAAAUAUGUUAUAUGGAACAAUUACGGAAUUUUGUACAGAAGAAAGUUGUUCAAUAAUGUCAGCAGGACCAAAAUAUGAAUAUCAUUGGGCUGAUGGUCAUACAGUGAAAAAACCAAUAAAAUGUUCCGCUCCAAAAUAUAUAGAUUAUUUAAUGACAUGGGUUCAGGAUCAAUUGGAUGACGAAACAUUAUUUCCAUCGAAAAUUGGUGUUCCAUUUCCAAAGAAUUUUUUAUCAAUUGCAAAAACAAUUUUAAAACGACUUUUUAGAGUUUAUGCCCAUAUAUAUCAUCAACAUUUUAGCGAAGUUGUGCAACUUGGAGAAGAAGCGCAUUUGAAUACAUCAUUUAAGCAUUUUAUUUUUUUCGUACAAGAAUUUAAUUUAAUUGAUCGACGCGAGCUCGCACCGUUACAAGAAUUAAUUGAAAAAUUAACAGCAAAAGAUGCUCGAUAAACAAGUGAUACAUUUUUAAUCAUAGUGUUACGAAUAUAUUUAUUAUUUAUGUUAUGAAAUCGAAACCAAUUUAAAAUAGAAACUAGAUCAAUAGUUAAAACAAAAGUUCAUGUGAUUAUUCUUAAUAAAUAAACGUAUUGAUUGCUUUUAUAUGAUUAGAGCUGUCAAGAUUUCAAGAAAAAUCUCUUAAAUUUAUCGUAUUUUCGUAUCAUAAGAUAUACCUAUAUUUUUUAUAUAGAAAAAUCGCUUAAAAUUGAUAUUUUAAUAGAUAAAAAGUAACUAUGAAAUAUUUUUCUAAAAAUUGCUUUCUAAAAUCGUCUUUAACGAUCGAGAAUUACGAUUAUCAUAUUAUGAGAAUUGUAUUUAAGUAACUACGGUAAAUUUUACAGCCUAGAGCUUCACAUUUGACGCUUAAAAAUUAGCUUACAAAGUUACCUACAAUAAAAAGCAAUUAAUUUUAGCUUAUGCUGAUUCACCACCUGGAUUAAAAAGUUUGAAGAAUGUUGGUUAGUUGAAAUUAAAACCUAAAUGGUUUUUAAUAAUUAUCCCAUUCGCGGCAUCAAAAUAUUUGACUGGUUUAAUUAUAGCCAGCUAGUAGGAUAAAAAACCCAAAAAAGUAUAGGUAGUCACUGCACAACAUCGAUCCAAUUGCAGGAAUGAGAGUCAAUAAACAUAUCAACAUCGAAAUUUCAUACAUCGAUUUAGACGGAAAUCGGGGGUCGGAAAUUUUUUCUAAACUAAUACUUUUUUUUUUUUUUGACGCUUUAUUAAAAAAAAAAUUGAGAUUUUAUUUUUACGUUCAGUUACAUAAAUUAACAAGAUGGAACUAAUUCUUAUUCACAGAAGUUACCGAAAAAAGAUCAUUCAUAGUGAAUAUGUUUAUAACAGAUUCUUUUAGAGGAUGUAAAUUGAAUUGUUAUGGAUUUUGUGAGACAACUUAUUUCUAGUCUUAGAAAAUUGACUGACUGUGGCGGAUGCGUGUGCAUCGCAUAUCUUUUAUAUAUAAAUAUAUGCAUGUAAUAUUCUAACUUGAAAUUUUAUAUAAAUUACGAUAAUAUCUCCGUUUUCUGUAAUAGUGUCUCAUUUUUGAACGCAAGGGCUAAAAACUUCAGAAUCCAACCAACUCCUCUGUAGUCGACAAACUCAACCUAAACUUAACUCUAUUAAAAUAUUACAGAGUUAGUAAAAUAAGAAACGUUCAAGAUAACAAAAAUGAAAUAAAUUUAAAAAAUGCAAUAGUUAUAUAUGAUUGUGACUGCUGCUGGAUUCGAAUUAAGUAAUCACUAAAAUAACAAAAUACAUACCUAUGCCUUUACUCGCUCAGCUAUAUGAUGUUCAAAGAAAUGACCAUUAUAUAACAUAUAAAUACAAAUGUAAAGUAAAGUACAGUCGAUUUUGCACGACUAGAAGUAAGUUGACAUUUGAAAAUAAAUAUACAAUAUGCCUUGUUUUUUUUUUAUAAGAUUUCUUUGUAAGGAUACAAUAUUUAUUGCUGUAUGUUUUUUUUUUGGUGAUGCUACAGUCGAACGAAAUUGAAACGCUUUAAAGUGAAUAUUGAUUAAACUUGUUUAGAACGUAAUUUUCAUCAACAAUUGAGUAGGUAGUAUGUGGUGGAUUAGCAGUUAAUUAGCAAAUAUUUGACCUAGUUUCUACCCUUAUUUUGUAAAAUGUAUAGUUGUGUGCAAUACGAUUCUUUUGUUUCAGAUUGUAUUUAAACAAAAAUUAUUCAAGUAAAGAAUUACCAAUCUUAAAAUCUACACAGUCGCAUUAAUAUUUAUAUAUUUUUUAAGAAUUGGAGCAAAUUCUUCAUGCAAAUAUAAUUAUUACCUAGCAUUAUUAUUUUUUAAAUUAUUAUUUCGAGGGCAGUGCCCUUAAAAUCUGAUCACUCGAAGUAAAAAAGACAAUGAGGGUACUUUCAUUGUUGUAGUCUAGUUAUCUCGUUAUAAUUAUUAAUUGAAUGAGACAUAAUCAAUAAUACAGGGUGUUUCUGAAAGGGUCCUAAAAAUUUCACGGAAAGAUAUUUAUUACUGGUACUAUUAAGAAAAAAAAUUGCAUAUGGCCAUUGGUCCGAAAAUGUAUUGUUAUGACCACGAAAUCGAGUUUUUGUUGAUAGCGAGUACUAUUUUAUUUUUUGUAAAACAUGUAUUCCUAGACCAGU